GCUUCGCAACCGUCUCAAAGGACCGCUUCGCUGUCUCUGCUCCUUCCACUACCCCUCACGACUUGUCUUGGACUUGGUAGAGGCUAUCGCACUCACACCUUCGGCCUUUUGUACACGAAGCAUAUUGGAGUACUAUGUCUUUCUUCAACUCCAUCGGACGGUCCAUGCAACGUGCACCGCGCCCUCCAAAACGAUCCACGACGCCCACGUCUGCCACUUUCCCUGCUGACGCUCAGACACCACCUGCAGGCGACAUACAAGGCACCACCCAGCAGAAGCCGCUCUUCCUAUGUAGUCCCUUCGUCGACGCCGCGCUCGUGAAGGGCAACUUCAAAACGAUCGUAAUGCAGCCGAAGUAUACCGACAUCAUGGAGUGGGUUGCAGUGAAUAUCUUCGAUUUCUACCAAAAUCUCAACUUGUUCUACGGAGUGCUAGCAGAGUGCUGCACACAGCACUCGUGUCCAGCAAUGUCUGCUGGUUCAGCAUUGAAUUAUACCUGGAUUAACCAAGAUCGCAAGAGCGUGCAGCUUCCUGCGCCAACAUACAUAGAUUAUGUGAUGACCUGGGUUCAAAAUCUUUUGGACGACGAUAACACGUUCCCCACGAAGUCAGGCAAAGACUUUGCGCCGACAUUCCCGUCGACCGUAAAGCACGUUUACCGCCAGCUGCUUCGUGUCUUUGCGCAUCUGUAUCACGCGCACUACCCUCAGAUUCUGCACCUGCGCUCCGAGCCACACUUCAACUCGCUAUUCGCGCACUUCCUUGCCUUCGGGAGGGAGUACGAGCUCUUGGACAUCAAGGACAUCAAGGGUCAACAAGGCCAGCUUGUAGCAGUCGGUGCUCUAUGGGAGCGAUGGAAGGAGGUUGGCAUUCUGGAGUCCUGAGCGAUUUUCGCGACCGCCAUGUCACAGGAAGGGACACUUUUUUCCAUAGCUAAUCUUUGCCGGGAAUUCGUGUACAUUACUGUCGUUUGGAUACUCGCAGUAAUGAUUUUGCAUCCACGUAUUGCAUGAACUCAGCAGCCGCAUGCGUCGUACAUCGCCACGAAGGUCGUUAUUGUUCAGAUUUCCACGUAUAAUUCAUUUGGAUUAUGGAUGUUAACAUCGGCCAUCGUACCGCAACCUCUACAGUGUUGAUAUCGAUAAUACCAGCCGGAACGCGUUCGUAGAGAGUAGAAGAUGAAGGUAAGGUAGCAAGGAGAGAUAACCAAUUAGGGGAUAUCUUUACCGGGUGUUGCGCUUCGCCUUCUCGAGGACUGGGAGACACCAAGUU